AUGGCAACAACUGGGCGUGAUCACAGACUGGUUUGGCAAUGGUCCCUUUUCAUCGCUCUCGUUCUGUUCCUCAGCUGCAGAGCCUUGGUUGAAGCUGCCCACGUCGACUUCCGCAACUGCCUGGAUGGGAGCAUAGUCAACUCGAGUCCGCGCAUCCUCCAGUUUGACCCGUUCAACGUCUCGGCCACCUUCAAUAGCUCGUCCGGCUCGAAUCGACACCACCUGAACAUCACUAUAUAUGGCAAUGUCACCGGAAAGGCCACCGAGCUGCCGUACCCUGCUCCUGAUGAUCCGUCGUGGUCGAACCCGAACGACACAUUUGGCAAAAUCCCCGACCUGAGCGAAGAGAACAACAAGUACACAACCCUCUUUACGCGCGUCAACUUUCUAGGAUACACUCCAUGGAACGCCGACCCUUCCAGGUUCUGCGAUUCUGUCGUUCAAGGCGCCUGCCCACUCGGACCUGCCUUCUAUGUUAACAGGACCGAACUUGGCCUUUUGCCAGCUUUUUCCGUAGCCGAGGACCUGUUCUCCAGCUACGCCUUCGCAUCACUUCAAGCAACUAUACGGGUACAGUCGGGCGACGUGCAAGGCCAAUAUUACAGUUGUGUCUCGGUCACGAUUACCCCUGACUUAGGAGACUCCAUUAAAGCUAUCCUAAGAUACUUACCGCUUGUGGUUUUGAUUGUGGUGGGCGUGGCGACGAUUGCGGCUGCCAUUGUGAGCCCAUGGGGUUCGACGGACCUCUUCCACUGGAGCAGCAAUUUCGGCCGCGAUGAAGACCUGCUUCGACUGAUCACUCCGGGUUUUGGAGACUGUCUGCAGUAUAUUCAGUUUGUCGUCUUGACUGGCAGUCUUUCAUUGAGUUAUCCUGGAUUUUAUCAGCCAGCCGUCAGCCGUGUCGCAUGGUCUUCGCUCAUGUUCAACGAGAGCUUCGCCACGGGUGGAAACGGUACACAGACUGUGGUAGAUGGGGUAUAUGAGUAUCGCAACGGCACCACGUACGGCUUGGACCGAAUGAGUCAACUCGUAGGCAUGACCUCCGACAAGGACAUAUGGGUCGACAUGAUCAUCUGGCUGGUAGUCAUCGUUGUCGCAGUGUCAGUUUUGACCCAGCUCGGCUUCGCAGUCCGCUGGGUUUAUCGGAAGCUUCAGAACGAACCGCCAGAAGACCUUCGUUCCAAAAAUGGACCCUUCACUGCCGGGAAUGUUGUUCGCCUGGUUAUGAAUUUUUUCUUGCUGCCUUUGACGUCUCUAUCAUUCUACCAGCUGUUAAUUGCCGGAAAGGGCCCGGCCUAUUCGGUGGCACUUGCAGCAGUGUCACUGGUCGUCGUGGUCGCUUUUACAGUCUGGCUGCUGCGAUUGUUCAUCAAAACCAGACCACGCUCAUUCCUCUUUGACGACCUUUUGAUGGUUCUUACCUACGGGCCUCUGUACAACACCUAUUGCGAUGACGCCGCUACCUUUGCGCUGACGCCUCUCCUUGUCAACUUUGUCCGCGGCAUUGCUAUCGGCGCAGUUCAGCCCUCUGGGAUCGCUCAGCUUGUGCUUCUCGCUAUAAGCGAAAUUGUCCUGAUUCUAACGAUCAAUGCCUUCCGACCCUUUCCCUCGGCGACUUCUAUGAACAUCUAUCAUACCUGCUUUUCGGUCAUUCGACUCAUCACCAUUCUCCUGUCAAUCGCUUUUGUGCCUUCCUUGGGGGUCGGAGACGCGUCCAGAGGUUGGAUUGGAUAUGCCAUUCUCAUCAUCCAUGCAUGCACCAUGGUUUUUGGGUUCUUCCUGAAUGCCGUGCAGACGCUGGUCGAGGUCAUAGCCCGUUUGGCUGGUGCGGGUGGACGGGACGAGGAGACCGGCGCCGCGACGAGGGGCGGAUUGAACAAGGUAUUCGGCAUGCGACAAUUAUCGCGGCGGGUGCCCCGCCGUGCAACGCAGGAGCGCCAUAGCAUGUCUUCGAACGCUGCCAUGCUCAGCGCCAUGGAGCAUGAUCACCAAAAGUUGCAAAUGGCCAAAACCCGAUCGCGCAGUGCCUCGGCUGCUUCAGGCGUCUUGCUCGACAGCCCUUCAAUGACUAACAAGAUCAGCCAGAACCUUGACGGCCGUGCCCUUGGGGUCGCUAGUCCGGACCGGUCCGUCCGAGGCUCGAGGCGGCUCUCGGGACGGCUGAGCGGUGCUGGAUCGUUGAGUGGAAUCGUCGGACUGCAGAAGCAGGCGGAACAAAAGGAUCCAUACUACCGACCACCACGAAGGAACACGAUGGACGCGCUCAAUCGACCAGACUUGACCCUGGCGCAAACCCCAUCCAAGGGCGCGGUUACAACUGAAGCAGCCGUCGAAGACGACGCAGGAGAAGGCCCCUCCACCCCUAUGCCUCUGGAGAACGACGAUCUGGAAGAAACACCCAGCGAUUUGACGAGAACGAAAACAGACUAUGCUGUCCGGGAAGUGGAUUUCUACUAUGGUGUUCGUGGCGGCGCCCUGUCAAGCGGAACUCGUAAACUCAAGACUGGCCCAGCCGACCCCACCGGACCAGUUUCUACCGCGACUGGGUGGUUCAAAAAUUUGGUUGGUGGCAAGACCAAAGAGAAGCACAAAGGCUUCGAAGUGGUUCGCAGUGCUCGGGCUCCGCCACCAGGACUCUUCCCUCCACCAACUCCAGUCCCGGAGAGUCAGCCACUAGAGCCCUACCACGACGAUGUGCAAGCAACGGACGAAGACCGGGCUGACCGAAACAGCACUAGAAUUAUGUCACCACCACCUCAGCGCCAGGCGCAAAGACAAAGUCAGAACCAAAGUGUGUACGACGACGUUUCUCUUGACGACAGUGACAGCGAAGAACCAAUCAGUCCCAUUGACCCUGUGUCGGGGAAGCCGCCAUCAUUGCCACUGAUAGAAUCCGUGGGUGGAAUUGAAUUGCCCAGCCGGAUUGGCUCUGAGACAUCCAGAAAAUCUCGCGGAAAGCAAGCAAGUGUCCGAGACAGAGACAUUCCCGCGGUUCCCGCCAUUCCUAGAAAGAGUUCGAGAAGACAGUCGGGUGGAGGCUCCCAGGACAGAGGGAUUGUCACGUCCGCAUUGUCCCCCCGAGGUGCACCGAAGCAGUACCAUGGUCCUGCUCAGUCUCUCAAUGCCAGUCGCCUUCCUUUUGCGAACACGCAGCCGGCGCCAUCACGAAACCACCGGUAUUCAACCGGCGGAGAAUCGGCUACGUCAAGCGUAUUAAGGGAUGCUGAUGAAAACGUCCCGAUCCAGCAACCAUCCUAUACGAAUCAGCUGCGGCAUGCAGCUUCUUCGGCUUUAGGAGCUCACGGGGCCGAUUUACGCCACGAUAGACCGUCAAAUAUGGGAUUCGUCCCCCAAUAUAGAGCAAGCGACAACAUCCACUACAGCCCAGAUUCGCCCGAGUUCGAGGGAAGUGCCGCAGAGAUCCAUGGGCGGCCGCAAUAUUGA